AUAAUAAAUAAAAUAAAUUAGACCCCCUCCCUCCCGAGUCCAUAAGGAUAGAGAGAGAAAGAAAGAGAGAGUCCUAAUUAUUAUUCCCUUCCUGGACUUCGUUCUCUUUUCCGCUGACCUUUUCUUCUCCUCUUUUUCUUUCUCACUCUUUUUUUUUUUAAUUUAUUUAUUUUUUCUAGUUAAAUCUCCCGCUCAAAAUUUCGGGUCGUUUUUGUGCUAAGGAAAAUUUGAGGGGAGGGAUGGGUAGGUUUUGAGGGGGCGGAGCGAGGCGGAGAUGGGGCGCGCCGCGCGGUGGCUCCGCGGGCUCCUCGGGGGGUGGCGCUCGGAUCCGGCGCCGGAGACGAGGGAGAAGAAGCAGCGCUGGGGCUUCGGCAAAUCCUUCCGGGAGAAGGAGAAGGAGAAGGAGAAGCCCCGCGCGCUGCCGCCGAGGGAGCCGGCGCCUCCGCCGUACCCGCCGGCGGCGGGGGGAGGACGAGGAGGAGGAGGAGGCGACGAGCAGAGCAAGCGGGCGAUCGCGGUGGCGGCGGCCACGGCGGCGGUGGCGGAGGCCGCGGUGGCGGCUGCGCAGGCCGCCGCGGCGGUGGUCCGCCUCACCAGCAGCGGCAGGUGCGCCGCCGCCGCCGCCGCCGCGGGGAGGCGCGACGAGUGUGCCGCGGUCCGGAUCCAAUCCGCGUUUCGGGGAUACUUGGCAAGAAGAGCUUUGAAGGCACUGAGGGGGCUGGUAAAGCUGCAGGCUCUGGUGAGAGGCAACAUUGUGCGGAAGCAAGCGGCAGAGACGCUUCGGUGCAUGCACGCGCUGGUUCGGGUGCAGGCCCGUGCUCGGGCUUGCCGUGCCCUGCGCUCCGAGCGGAGCCGCCCCGAUAAACCCUCUCGCUCCAACCCAGGUCCGCCGACGCCUGAGAAAUACGAACAAGGCGAGCGAACAAACGGGUCGAGAUCCGACCGGUCCGGCUCUUUCAAGAGGAAUUCUUCGAACAGAUCGCACUCUUCCGGGAGCAAUUGGCUGGACCGGUGGAUGGACGAGAAGUACGGCAAUAGCCGAGCAGAGAUCAAUCCGAGGGCAAUCGGAAUCGGCGGCGCUGCGGCGGACGACGAAAGGACGGCCAAGAUCCUAGAAGUAGACCCCGGAAAACCGCAAUUCAAUUCGAGGCGAAGGGCCGGCGCCGGCUCCCGCCUCCACUCGUCGAGCUCGGCCCACACUUCGGAGCAAAACAGCCGCAGCCUCGCGACGGUGCCCGACUCCCCUUCGAAGGACUCGACGACCGCCCAAUUGUCCACGCCGAGCCCGUCCUCGGUCGACAUGAGGCAUUCCCUGACCCCUCUAGAGUACCCUCUCGAGGCUGCGGAGUUCGGCGACAGCCCGCACUUCUACUCGGCCAGUUCCCGGCCCAGUAGCUCGAGGAGGGGUGCAUUCACUCCGUCGAAGAGCGAGUGCUCUCGGAGCCUAUUCGGGGGCUAUUCCGACUACCCCAACUACAUGGCAAACACAGAAUCCUCGAAGGCGAAGGCGCGGUCGCAGAGCGCGCCGAAACAGCGGCCCGAGUUCGAGAAAUCGGGCUCCGGCAAGAAGCUCUCGCCGAUCGGACCCGCGCAGCACCAGAAGUCGGCGUCGCUGCACGCCAAAUUCGCGAACAAGGCGUACCCGGGCUCCGGCCGGCUGGACCGGCUGGGAAUGCCCAUCAAAUACUGAUGAAAACCAAAGCUUGAAUCUGAAUCACUGCAGCUCAAAUGAUCUAUACACUUGUUUCUCUCUUCCUUUGGUUGUUUUCUUUUUCUUUUUUUUUUUUGCAUGCAAGUCCCUAACAAAAUUAUGUUUUCUACUUUUGUAGUCGCUACAAAUGUGUGUUAUCUCGUGCGUUGAAGUUAAAACUUCUUAUGUAAUGAAAAUGUCAGUUUCUGCUUCACUUUUCUA